AGGCGCGAGGUGACGCCGCGGCGGGGCCGGAAGGAGCGCGUCGGCGCCCUCGGUGGUAGCGGCGCAGCUGCAAACGUCGGUUGGGGGCGCAGAACGCGCAGCGCGGAAGCCGCCUUGCGAGCCGGUCAGUUGAGUGACUGGAUCAGUCUCAGAGAUGGGCCCAUCACCAUAUCUGAUUCCUCCGAUGAGGAAGGGAUUCCAAUGCUGGUCACCCCAGUGCCCGAGCAGCAUGAAGAGGACCUGGAUGAUGAUGUCAUCCUGACAGAAGAUGAUUCUGAAGAUGACUACGUUGAAUUUCUGAACCUUGGGCCUCCUGGAGUCUCUGAGUUCACUAAGCCAAGAGGUCAAACAGAAACAGAACCCAAACCUGGACCAAGUCAUAACCAAGCAGUAAAUGACCUUGUCAACCCCAGAUCAGAGCAGAAAAUCAUUAUCUUUGGAGAAAGUGGCCUUCUUUUCCCAGAAAGUGAUCCUUUGGAUACUCAGAACCAGUCAUCUGAAGACUCGGAGACAGAGCUUUUUUCAAAUCUUGGAGAGUCAACUGCCCUGGGAAGUGAUCAGGACAUCGAAGAUGAUCUCUGGCUCAACCAUCCUUACUUACAGUCUCUAAACCCACAGCCCCGGGAGGUAACAAACCAGGUCAUUCCCCGGGAGCAGCGUUCUGAAGGAGAACUGGGCUCCUUUCUGUUUCAGCGUGAGCUCCCAGGGCCCGCCUUUGCAAGGCCAGCUUUUCCAAGACCAGAACCCCAACAAGAUGGGAUUUCAAGCCCUGUUUCUCCUCAGCAUGCCCACCCACUAGGAGAGCUUGAAGACCAACGGUUAGCGAUCGAUCACGAAGAGCCAGGGCCAGCCUUUCCCCUGCCAGGAUCUCAGGAGGCCAAUUUGGAAAACUUCUGGAGGCAAGAACCUCCUGAGGUAGAUCAAGAACUCAUUGCACUAUUAGUGAAAGAAACAGAAGCAAGAUUUCCAGACGUAGCAAAUGGGUAUGUUGAAGAAAUAAUUCAUUUGAAGAAUUAUUACGAUUUGAAUGUACUUUGUAAUUUUCUUCUGGAAAAUCCAGAUUAUCCAAAGAGAGAAGACAGGAUCAUUAUCAACCCCAGCAGCAGCUUGCUCGCCAGCCAGGAUGAUACAAAGUUGCCUAAAGUAGACUAUUUUGACUAUUCAAAAUUGAGUCCACUUGACCAACGUUGCUUCAUCCAAGCUGCUGACCUCCUGAUGGCUGACUUCAAAAUGCUUAGCAGUCAGGACAUCAAGUGGGCCCUGCAUGAGCUCAAAGGACACUAUGCAAUCACCCGAAAGGCCUUUUCUGAUGCCAUUAAAAAAUGGCAGGAACUAUCACCAGAAGCCAGUGGAAAAAGGAAAAAGAGAAAAGAAAUGAAUCAGUAUUCUUACAUAGAUUUCAAAUUUGAACAAGGUGACAUCAAAAUAGAAAAAAGGAUGUUCUUUCUGGAAAAUAAGCGGCGACAUUGUAGGUCCUAUGACCGGUGUGCCCUCCUUCCAGCUGUGCAGCAAGAGCAGGAGUUCUAUGAGCAGAAAGUCAAAGAGAUGGCGGAGCAUGAAGACUUUUUGCUUGCCCUGCAGAUGAAUGAAGAACAAUAUCAAAAGGACGGCCAGCUGAUCGAGUGUCGCUGCUGCUAUGGGGAGUUCCCAUUCGAGGAGCUGACUCAGUGCGCGGAUGCUCACCUGUUCUGCAAAGAGUGUCUCAUCAGAUACGCCCAGGAGGCAGUCUACGGGUCUGGAAAGUCAGAGCUCAGCUGCAUGGAAGGCAGCUGCACCUGUUCCUUCCCAACCAGUGAGCUGGAGAAGGUGCUUCCACAGACCAUCCUGUAUAAAUACUACGAGCGAAAAGCCGAAGAGGAAGUUGCUGCUGCCUAUGCUGAUGAGCUUGUCAGGUGCCCCUCCUGCAGCUUUCCUGCUCUGUUGGACAGUGAUGUAAAGAGGUUCAGCUGUCCUAACCCUCGCUGCCGGAAGGAGACCUGUAGGAAGUGUCAGGGACUCUGGAAAGAACAUAACGGCCUUACCUGUGAAGAGCUGGCUGAAAAGGAUGACAUCAAGUACCGAACUUCGAUUGAAGAAAAAAUGACUGCUGCCCGCAUUAGGAAAUGCCACAAAUGUGGGACUGGCCUCAUCAAGUCCGAAGGCUGCAAUCGCAUGUCUUGCCGCUGUGGUGCCCAGAUGUGCUACCUCUGUCGAGUGUCUAUCAACGGGUAUGACCAUUUCUGCCAGCAUCCCCGCUCACCAGGAGCCCCUUGCCAGGAGUGCUCACGCUGCUCCCUCUGGACUGACCCCACUGAAGAUGACGAGAAACUGAUUGAGGAGAUCCAGAAGGAGGCGGAGGAGGAGCAGAAGAGGAAGAGCGGAGAGAACACCUUCAAGCGCAUCGGCCCCCCGCUGGAGAAGGCCCCUGAGAAGGUGCAGAGGACGGAAGGUCUGCCUCGGCCCGUCCCGCAGAACCUGCCCCCGCCACAGCUGCCUCCCUACGCCUUCGUGCACCCACCCUUCCCGCUGCCGCCCGUGCGGCCGGUGUUCAACAACUUCGCGCUCAACAUGGGCCCUGUGCCCGCGCCCUACGUGCCCCCGCUGCCCAACAUGCGCAUCAACUACGACUUCGGGGCCGUUCACGUGCCGCUGGAGCACAACCUGCCCAUGCACUUCGGCCCGCAGCCGCGGCACCGCUUCUGAGGGCCGAGGGCCCCGCCUGGGCCAGCUCCGCCCUGACCUUGGCAGGGGGGUGGCAGCUUAGGGGAGCGGGUGGAGACGCAUUCCUUCCCCCCAGGCCCAGAAGGGACUGCUCCUCCCAGGCCCUUGCCUUUAAGGGGCCGGUCUUAGCGAAAUCCCCUUCCCUAGUUCUGCCACCUUGGCAGCCAGCGUGCUGGCCCUGUGUCUGCUGUGUGUCCAGCCCCUACAGACAGGCAGAGGCUAUCGUUUGGCCCGUCCCCUCUGGACGGCAGAGCCCCAGGCCUGUCCACAGCACAGCCGGGUCCCUAGUAGAGACAGCGCAGCAAGUAGAGUCUGAAGUGAGCUGGGAGCGCUGAGCAGCGCCCGGACCCGUGAGCGCAGCCCCACUGUUUCUCACACUCACCCUCUCCCGGGGCUGGGCCUGGGGCACACAGCAGCUGUGAGUGUCUCCCCUGAGGCCCAGGGUCAGCAUCUAGGGCUUCCUCACCUCGCAGGCCGCUGGGGCCUUUUGGGAUGCGCAGGGUGGGGCUGGAGUCUUUGGCCCUCUGAAGCCCAGAGCUCACUGCCAGCUUGGUGCCCAUUCAGGUCAGACAGCGCAAAGAACCAUCCUGUUGUUCAGGUUUUACUGUAUGGGUUUUUGGGGGUUUUUUUGAGAUGGUGUCACACUAUGUAGCAGGCUGGCCUUAAUUAUGCAGCCCAGGCUGGCCUCAAACUCGUAGCGCUUCUCCUGCCUCAGCCUCCUGAGUGCUGGUAUCACAGGCGUGUGCUACCACGCCUGGUUCAUUGUAUUGUUGAUCUGAAGUAUUUCCUCCCGUUCACACACUUUGAGCUUUAGCAUAUGAGGGCUUCUUCCCUCAUCUCUGGAAAGUCAUGCUGAAGGCAGCACCCCACACCAGGCAGCAGCUGAGAGCUGGACGACCCAGACACAGACCAAAUGAAAGAUCCACUCUCAGCAGCUGCCACAGGGGCCUCCCUCACAGCCCAGGUACUAGGGUUCCUCCGCGUGUUGGGUGCCUGUUCCCGCCUUGUCUCCUGUGUGCUCCCCCAUAGUCAGCAGUGGAGACAGGGGAGGUCCUAGCACAGGGCAAGCACAGCUGUACCUCCCGAGGUCAGGGGAAUCCGCGGAGGGCCCUGCUGUCCAGCCUGGUCCUCGUCCCCGGGAGGCCUCGCUCCAGCUGCGCACCUGGCACUUUCUUAUCCCACGUUCAGCACCCUAGUCCUUGUCUUGUGGCCAUGCUCUUCCGGGAGAUGCCCGGGGGAGGAGGCACCUACACCUGCUUCUCGGGUGUCUGUCAGGCUGUAGGAAAAAGACCCCAUACACAUUCUUCCUGCCGUGGCUCAGGGUGAAGGCUUUGAGGCAGGUGGGCGCCCUCCCCGGGGCUGCGCUCAAGGCCAGAAUGACAGUGCCUUGGAAAGGUGGGCUGCACCCCGAGUGACAGGGCCCUCCCAGAACCUUCAAUGCAAACCACGUUCUCCGCUUUUCCCCUGGACGUAGAGAGGGCAGUCAGUAGUCAGCCCCACAGACCCCAAGCGCUGACCUCCAGGGCCUCAAGCCACCCUGCUGGGCUGGGGCCUGGUUCCAGCUCUGCCCUGCCCCUCCCACAGCCCCAUUCAGGGCUGAGGCAGGACCCUGGGGGUGGGAGUGACAGUCAUGUUCCUUCUGGCUGAGGCUAAACCCACAGAGAUGUCCCAGAUGCCUUCAGCUCAGAGUUAAAGGACCACUCCACGCGCCUCCCGCCCCCAGAGCAGGAGCCGCCAUCCCUCCAGGUACUUUAGUGUCCCGGGCCAGGCUGGGGAGGUGCCUGCACUGGAGCCAAGGGUCCGGCCCCAUGGGGACAACCAGGAGCGCCCAGCACAGCUGGCACCUUAACCUCUGGUCUGAGGCCAGAGACUGCCCAGCCACUGUCCCAAUUUAUUUGCCUUAAAACUGGAGAGAAAUAAGUAUUUGCACUUAGCAAAAGAUUCAGAUCUGAAGUAAAGUAUGUGCAUGAUCUGUCACUUUGUAUAAAAAUAGCAAAAAAAAAAAAGUAGUUUAUUAAAUGUUUUUCCUUCUGGUAGUAAAAAUAAAGUAACUCUGUUUAAACUACUGUGUGUAAAAAGCCUGUAUCAUAUGUAACUUGGACUUUUGUAAAUAAAUAUUUGUGCAUUCUGC